AUCUCUAAACAGGGACGACAACCCUAAUCAGCUGCCUGGCAAUUCGGUAUAAAAUUCUUGGAAAACAAUACGUGGCUCCGUUUAUCUCGCACAAAUUGGAGAAGUAAUGUCUGCUGACAGGUAGCAGGUGCACCUGUUCAAACACACUAGCCACUACAAAAGCCCUACGAUGUGGAGCUGCCUCUGCCAGCUGUUUUUCUACCUGCUCUCUGCGCUUGCAGCGGCCGCCCUGUCGAUCUUGGCUGUGGUGCUCUACAAGACGCAGCCAUAUCCCAACAUCAGGCGGCACAAGGAUGAGGAGACCUUCCUGGACCCGCACAGCAUCAAAACAGUGACCUUUCCCAGCCUCGAGGAGUCGCCAAGUUUGGAGCUCAGUGUCAUUGUGCCAGCCUACAAUGAGGAGCAGCGGUUGCCUGCCAUGCUGGACGAGUGCCUGGCCUUCCUGGAGCAGAAAUCCGGAGGCAAUCCCAGCUUCACCUACGAGGUGAUCGUGGUGAGUGACGGCAGCCAAGAUGCCACAGUCUCCGUGGGCCUGGGCUACUCGAAAAAGCACGGAGCAGAGAAGGUACGCGUCCUGGAGCUCACUGAAAAUCGGGGGAAAGGAGGAGCCGUUCGCAUGGGCAUGCUGAGUGCAAGAGGUCGUAAUCUGCUCUUCGCGGAUGCAGAUGGAGCCACCAAAUUCGCCGACUAUGAUAAGCUGGAGGUGGCUCUGAAGCAACUAUCUCCGGAGUGGCGAGACGAUGGAAUUGCCAUAGGAUCGCGGGCACAUCUGGAGGACGAUGCGAUUGCCACCAGGAGUUUCUUCAGAACUAUUUUGAUGCACGGCUUCCAUUUCCUCGUCUGGCUCUUUGCCGUGCGCUCUAUUCGCGACACCCAGUGUGGCUUCAAGUUGUUCACCCGAACGACGGCCAGAAAACUCUUUACCAGUCUGCAUGUGGAACGGUGGGCCUUUGAUGUGGAGCUCCUGUAUCUGGCCGAGAAAUUGAAGCUGCCCAUGCAGGAGGUGGCCGUACGCUGGACGGAGAUCGAUGGCUCGAAACUGACUCCCUUUUGGUCGUGGUUGCAGAUGGGCAGGGAUUUGUUCAUGAUCUGGCUGCGUUAUCUGUUCGGCGUCUGGCGCAUUGCCUCCAUCCAAAAGAAGGAGCAAUGAAGUUGGGGAUCUCAUUCCCCAUAUCAACAAGCAUUUUAUGUUGAAACUCUUUCGCUGUCGUGCAUUACCAAAACUCUUUUAACUCUAAACUCUAUUUUUGUAGGCCUGAUAAAGUGUAAAGUAUACUAACUAGUUAGGUACUUAAGUGCAGUAUUUUCAAAUAAACAAUUGAAGCUUCGAAUAAA